UUCUGCUUGGUGUGUGAAGGGCUUUAAAAGAGCUCCAGUCACACAGACAUGUGUAGUAUUAGAAACGUAGGCAGAAGAGAAACACUGUGAACAUACUGCCUGGAGUGGGUUCAUUUUUUUACCAAGUACUUGACAGCUACUUGUUAUACUGGAAGAGUUUUUUACUGGAGGAAUACAGAAUGAGGAGAAAGUGAGUUCCAAAAAGAGGUGAAGGCUAGUCAUGGCUGUGGCUCGGGUUUGUCCUUUACGUGACUUGCCAGCAUCCUUGAAAGCAGAGAGAGAAGACAAGGAAGGAAAAGGAGACAGAAGCAAACAACACGAAAGCAGCUGAAGAGACAUGAAUUACACAGAGGAAGACAAAAACUCUGAAGAAGACAACAAGAAGGCAAGAUAUAUGAAGCUAUUACAGGGAAGUGAGCAGCAAAUGGAAAACAGUCAUAAUGGGCUUUUUCGUACUGGUGAUGAUGAUGAUGAUGAUGAUGAUGAUGAUGACGAUGCCAACAACAACAAGAAGCAACAGUUUAAGAAGACAUCCUUUGAUAAUGAUAAUGAUAAUGAUAAUGAUGCCACUAACAGUGAAACCAGUGAGGAAUAUGAAGAAUAUCCAGAAAAGCUAUAUUACCACCCAGCCUACCCAAACAGCAUUUUCCAAGCUUUGGAAGAAAUGAAACGAUUGUAUUUCCUCACUGAUCUCACCAUAAGAACACAAAGUGAGGUUAAUUUCCAUGCUCACUCUUUAGUCCUGGCUGCCGUGAGCUCCCUCAUCCAGAAGAUGCUCCAGCAAGUGAAUGAAAAGAACAAGAGAGAGAUAUUUUUACGUGUUGGUCCAGAAGUAUCUGAUUUGGGCGUAUCUGCAGUGUUGGAGUUUGCCUACACUGGAACCAUCUCUGAUUUGAACAGCGGAUCUUUAGCUCAGGUUCAGGCUGCUGCUCUCUAUCUGGGAGUUCCCAGGGUUUUGAAGAUCUGCAAAGAAGAAGAGGAAAGACAGAGAAAGAAAGAUGGUGAGAAGAAGAUGGAGGAGAAAAAUAGUAGAAUCUCUGCUGAAGAACAGAAGAAGGUCAGCUUGCAGUCGAUCAGGCAGGUGUGGGAAGAGAGAGUGGGCUGUGAUGUGGAGGUGGUGGCUGAAGGAAGAAUAUUUAGUGCACACAGGGUCAUCCUGAGUGCCAGCAGUGACUACUUCCGUGCAAUGUUCAGCAGUGGUAUGAAGGAAACCCACCAGACCUCAGUGUCCCUGCUAUUGAUGGGGGCACCUGAACUAGAAGCCCUUCUUCACUGCUGCUACAGCGGAGAUCUGUUUCUUGAUUGGGGCUGCAUUUUCGAGCUCACCUCCACUGCUCUUCAGUUCCAAUUCCAACCGGCUCUCUCGCUCUGCCUCAACUUUAUGCAUCAGGAAAUGGAUGCUCACAGAUGUCUGGAUGUAGCUGCGUUUGCCGAGGCUUAUGAAAUGAAUGACUUGCAAGAAAUGGCAGAAGAUUUUACGCUUAGGCAUUUUGAGGACGUAGCAGCCACUCUGAAAUUUCAGGACCUGCCAGUGGAGAAGCUGAAGACAUAUCUGCGUAGCAAUUACCUCUGUGUAACAUCAGAGCUGUCUGUGUUCAGAGCAGUCGUAUCUUGGAUUGAGGCCGAUCCAUGGACUAGGGUGAAAGAAGCCAGGGAUCUAAUGAGAACUGUCCUAUUUCCUCUCAUGACCUUUACGGAAUUCAGAGAAGUGAAGGUUAUAAUGUCAUGGCCACAAGUCAGUGACAGGGACCUUUAUGAGUCCCUGUUUGAAGAGUUCUGUACCAGUACCUUUAAUUCCCAUUCAGACUUUAGGACCUACCUCCCUAAAGAAACUUUGGUCCUUGUUGGUGGUGAAAGGAUCACCGAAAACCUUGAGAAACGCAUACCCUGUAGGGAAAUAUGGUUCAGCAACUCCUUCCGUAACCAUGUUGGCCUAAUGAAAAGAGUCGAAUGGAGAAAACUGGGAGACUUACCAGAGAAACCAAGAUUCUGCCACAGUGUUACAGUAAUAAGCGGGAAACUAUAUGUAGUUGGUGGCCGACAUUAUUACGGAAAGGAUGACACUAUGAAAUGCACCUACAGCUAUGAUCCAAUCCAAAACAGCUGGCAAAGGUUGGCUGAUAUGAAUGAGAGAAGGGACAACUUUGCUCUUGUGGUUUUGGAUGGAAAAAUGUUUGCCAUAGGUGGAGACAAAAAUUCAGAGGUCAACAUAGGAAGUGUGGAGGUCUACUGUCCUUUUACAGAUUGUUGGAGCUUUGUUCACCCUCUGGACCAACCCUUAAGUAGUCAUGCUGCCAGUGUAUGGAAUGGAGAGAUUUUCAUCUCAGGAGGCUUUGACAGCAGAUACCAGUGCCUGGCAUCCAUGAUGUUCUACCACCCAGAGAAAGGCACCACAUACCUUGUAGAUAUGUCCCAGAGCCGGGCCCAGCACUGCAUGGAGACCUUGAAAGACUGCCUAUAUGUAGCUGGUGGAGUCUCAGGUGUGGGUGGACAGUUAUUUGACCAGCUAGCCUGCGAGUUCUUUGAUCCAGUUAAUGGUUACUGGUGUGCCAUUAUGCCCAUGUCUUUGCCUCAUGUCAGUGCAGCAUCUGCAGUGUUGGAAGGAAAGAUUUAUAUCAUUGGUGGCUAUUGCCAUGAAGACUAUAGCGACACAAAAGUGGUCCAUAGGUUUGAUCCUGCAAUGCAACAUUGGGAGAACUUGUGUGGAACCCCUGGUUCUAACACAUAUAUAGCUGCUUGUGUACUGGCUUUACCUCAUCACCUUAGACAGUGAAGACUUUUGCUUUAUCCAGCUCUAUAACUUCCUGCGUUUUAUAUUAGAAAACUUUAUUAGAAAUAAAGCUAAUUGUAAACCGUCAUAUAAGGUUUUAGAUAAUAAUCUCCAAACACACACUGGAAUAUAAUUUCUUUAAUGUAAUGUUUUCUGGUGUAUUACCAUGUUUGUGAAAUCCCCGUGAACACAACAUCUAAUAAUUCAGCAUGUUAAAAACUCCAAAAUAUUUCAUUUUUUUAUAAUAGGGCUUUAGUCUGCUUUCAUUUUCUUUUCACAAUAAAGUUAUAUAUAAGGA